AUGAGAGGAGUCCUGGGGGCUCGCAGCGCCGGGGUCCCUCUCUGCGUGAUCCGGGUCCCUCCUCAGUUGGUCCGGCAGUCCGACCUGGAGACGUGGGGGCUCGCGGACCGGCACCGGCUCCGGAAGGGCUGCGUGCGCAAAGCCGACAUUGACAACACGGCCGGCGCCCCGCCCCCACUCGCCCUUAAAGGAGCCGCACCCGCGCUGGGCGGGGCUUGCCCAGAGUCCCAGGGAGUGAUCAGCGGUGCUGUUUUCCUUAUCAUCCUCUUCUGCUUCAUCCCUUUCCCUUUCCUGAACUGCUUUGUGGAGGAGCAGUGUAAAGCCUUCCCGCACCAUGAAUUUGUGGCCCUGAUAGGUGCGCUCCUUGCCAUCUGCUGCAUGAUUUUCCUGGGCUUCGCGGACGAUGUACUGAAUCUGCGCUGGCGCCAUAAGCUGCUGCUGCCUACAGCUGCCUCACUACCUCUUCUCAUGGUCUAUUUCACCAACUUUGGCAACACGACCGUUGUGGUACCCAAGCCCUUCCGUCCGAUUCUUGGCCUGCAUCUGGACUUGGGGAUCCUGUACUACGUCUACAUGGGGCUGCUGGCCGUGUUCUGUACCAAUGCCAUCAAUAUCCUAGCAGGAAUUAAUGGCCUAGAGGCUGGCCAGUCGCUAGUCAUUUCUGCUUCUAUCAUUGUCUUCAAUCUGGUGGAGCUGGAAGGUGAUUAUCGGGAUGAUCAUGUCUUUUCCCUCUACUUCAUGAUACCCUUUUUUUUCACCACUUUGGGAUUGCUCUACCAUAACUGGUACCCAUCACGGGUGUUUGUGGGAGAUACCUUCUGUUACUUUGCUGGCAUGACCUUUGCCGUGGUGGGCAUCUUGGGACACUUCAGCAAGACCAUGCUACUCUUCUUCAUGCCCCAGGUGUUCAACUUCCUCUACUCACUGCCUCAGCUCCUGCAUAUCAUACCCUGCCCUCGCCACCGUAUGCCCAGACUCAAUACCAAGACAGGCAAACUGGAGAUGAGCUAUUCCAAGUUCAAGACCAAGAGCCUCUCUUUCUUGGGCACCUUUAUUCUAAAGGUAGCAGAGAGUCUCCAGCUAGUGACCGUGCACCAGAAUGAGAAUGACGACGGUGCCUUCACAGAGUGUAACAACAUGACCCUCAUCAACUUGGUACUUAAGGUCUUCGGGCCCAUGCAUGAGAGGAACCUGACCUUGCUGCUGCUGCUGCUCCAGAUCCUCGGCAGUGCUGUCACCUUCUCCAUUCGGUACCAGCUUGUCCGGCUCUUCUACGAUGUCUGAGUCCCCUGAUCAUUGCCCUGUACUGCACGGUCUGCAGGGUUCCUGACUCAGGCCCACCACCUCUUUCUGGACGCGAAAUGCCUCCUGGCCAGGCCUCUCCCACCUUUCAUUCUCCUCCAGAUUUUGUACUUAGCAUUUCCUUUCUGCU